AGAAAAGUCCACAUCCUUAUGUGCGUCUUCCACCGUGUCGAACAGAGGUGCUACCGGCGCCUUGACCUUGCUUGACGUUUCCUCGUUUUGCGCUAUGGGCGUUUCCGACGCAUCUUCUUCAGAAGGGUCCUCUCUCCUUGGGGAUCGUAGCGGAGGAGCACCGGUUGUUGCUGGUGCAUGGUCUGCCCGCCCUUCUUCUACGCCGGCCAUGGUAGCAGUUGGGUCGCCCCAGCCGUUGCCGCCACCGGUCGUAGAUACCAUGUCCCUUGCAAGAGCGUCAUCUCUCUUUGGGCUGUUAAGAGGAUUCCACGGAGCGCCCCAUCCAGAUCGCCUGUUGUCGACAACUGGUACCUGCUCCUUCUCCUUGCCUUUACCCGUGUCUUUCUCUGCAUCACGCCAGCCAGAAGGACUUCCCCAUCCGCCGGUGUUUGUGGCCGGCAAUGGCUCUCCCCAGCCUGCGGACGUUCCCCACCCCGACGCAGAGCCCCACCCAGAAUCAUUUUCUGGAGGGACUCCCCAGCCGAAAUCAAUUUCAGGCGGCGCACCCCAGCCGCCCGAGUCAUUGCUCGCAGAAGUACCUCCUGCCAAAAGAAUGGGCUAAGCACAUUUAUAUAUUACUUGCAUAUGUGCUGCCCCAGCCACCGGCGCCGAAACUAUCUUCUUGGCCAGAAGCCUGUCGCUUUCGCGGAUCGCUUGAUGCGCCCCAGGGAGUAGAACGUUUUCCAAGCUCCGAGGCGUUCGUCGAAGUAGCCGGGAAACCAGAUGCAGGGUUCCUAGGUCCAUCGAAUGGUUUGUUUUUGGAUGGUAUGGCAGCAUCCCAUCCUGCCUCACUGGGAUGAACGAAGUCACAGCUCGCGAACCUCUUACAUCCUCCUCUAAUCGGGUGGCCUUCGCCGUCAUACCACUAGCAAGAACAAUAAAUUCGAUGUAGAACAAGAGGCAUAGGCAUCGUGCCGCCUUCGUUAUAAAUGGGAUACUUACCA